AUGAGAGCCUGUGCCAGAUCCGUCUUGCUGUCUAACUGGCUCUUUCUGGCCUACGUGUUGAUGGUGUGCUGUAAGCUCAUGUCCGCCUCCAGCCAGCACCUCCGGGGACACACAGGUCACCAGCAAAUCAAGCAAGGGACCUGUGAAGUGGUUGCAGUGCACAGGUGCUGUAACAAGAACCGCAUAGAGGAGCGAUCCCAGACGGUCAAGUGUUCUUGCUUCCCAGGACAGGUUGCUGGCACGACUCGGGCUCAGCCCUCCUGUGUUGAAGCUUCCAUUGUGAUUCAGAAAUGGUGGUGUCACAUGGAUCCUUGUUUGGAAGGAGAGGACUGCCGAGUGCUGCCCGAUUACUCAGGUUGGUCCUGUAGCAGUGGCAACAAAGUCAAAACUACCAAGAUUUAUGGAGUUGUGACCGGUGGAGGGAUGCGUUAUCUGAAGCAGGGCUCCUGA